UUCUUUGUACACACACCAGCAGUUUAAUUCUGAAUUUUACAUUAGGUUAAAGGUAAAAUUCCCCCUCCACCAAUUCUCGCAAUGGCAGGAAUUAUGGUGGUGUUCGACUUCGACAAGACGAUUAUCGACGUGGACAGCGACAAUUGGGUUCUGGACGAGCUCGGUUUCACCGAUUUGUUCAACCAGUUGCUCCCCACUAUGCCGUGGAAUCCGUUAAUGGACAGGAUGAUGAAGGAAGUGCAUAAUCAAGGGAAGAGUGUGGAGGACAUUAAGGAAGUUCUACGAAGGAUUCCGAUUCAUCCACGAAUCGUACCUACAAUCAAGGCCGUACAUUCUCUAGGGUGUGAGCUUCGAAUAGUGAGCGAUGCAAAUCUGUUCUUCAUCGAGACAAUUCUAGAGCAUUUAGGGAUCGAGGAUUGCUUCAGUGAAAUCAACACAAAUCCAGGCCAUAUCGACGAGCAAGGUCGGCUGAGAAUCUCUCCGUACGUCGAUUACCAGACGUCCCCCCAUGGCUGCAACCUCGGCAUCUGUCCUCCUAACAUGUGCAAGGGACUGAUCAUAGAGAGGAUCCUGGCGUCGAUGGCGAAGGAAGUAAGCAAGAAAAGGAUGAUCUAUUUGGGAGAUGGGAGUGGGGAUUUCUGCCCGAGUUUGAAGCUGAGGGAAGGGGACAUGCUGAUGCCAAGGAAGAACUUCCCAGUGUGGGAUUUGUUGUGCAAGAACCAUGGCCUGGUGAAAGCAGAGAUCCAUGAAUGGAAGGAUGGGGCAGACAUGGAGGAAAUCCUAAUCCAGCUUGUGGAGAAGAUGAACAAUUCCAAUUCCAAUACAGGAGGGGUUCAGAAUCAGAUGAUGUCUGUGGUGGACUGUAAGCUUGAGAGCAUCCCUGUGCCCAAGCCAAGGCAUCAUGAGGCUCUGCCUCCACCUCUACUCAAGGUUAACCAGUAGUAGGUAGGGUUGCUUAGUUGGUUGAUUGGUUACACACUUACACACACAGACAUACACACACAAUCCUAGUAGUAUAUGCUAACCCUCUUUCUCUUCUUGCCAUUGGUUCUUGUUUGUUUGUUGUUCUUGGGGCCUGGAGUUUUUGUGAAGUAUGUAAGGCCAUUUUUUAGGGUGUCAGGUUAGAGAUGAUGAUAUGAACUAUGUAUCUGAGCUUAAGGAUUGAUGUUUUUAUUGAAGAUAUUGUUGCUAUUA